AUGAUCCCUCGCUAUGCGCUGCGUUCUGCUGCUUCAGCCCGCACUAGGUUGGGAGUAUGCCGAUAUCUUUCCUCGUCAUCGACAACGCUGAUACCCCAAAGGGGUCUAUGGGACACGAUUUACUCAGGAACCAAAGGCAUUAUUUCCUUGAUAUCUUCGGAGAAGAGCAGGCGCUCGUUCAUGGCAUCCAUAGAAUCGGCCAAUAUCAACGCAGAAGUUUUGAAACAGGCUAGGUUUGGCAACAUGUUGACAAUUGCGUUGUUUCAUGAUUUGCAAGACCCCGUCUGGGAAAAGUAUAAUUUCGAUGUGAGCGACUUUCUAAUGGGAGUCAAGCCCGCUUUGAGAAAUUUCCAUGAGACCAUGGGUCAACUGCAAAAUGAGUUUCCCAGCGUUACGUCCCAAGAAGAAAGAACCGAAAAAUUGUUGCAAAGGAUGCAUCAGAUUGUAACUAGCUCCAUGCAUCGAAAGGGAUCCGACGGAAACACGGACUUUUCCCUACCUGACAAUCUUUGGAAAGAGCAAGCAGAAAAGGACCCAGAGUCGCACGCUGGACAAUUAGGUCUCAUGGUAUCACCCAAGUUGUUCGAUUCUCUGUUUCUUACAACAGAAACUGCCGCAAUGUUGGCCAGCUACAAAGAGGGAACCACCAAUGUGUCUUAUGUGGCCGUAUUGAGUGCGCGUGCCAUGAUCAUGGACAACGAAGAGGUCGCAAACGACAAUAGCGAAUCGGUCACGAACGAUGGUGAAGAGGGAAAGCAGAGUAGCAAGGAUGACAAACUGAAAUCUGAUACAGAUACUAUUGAAGCUAAAGAGGAAGGAGAAGAAGAUGCAGCAUCCGGCGAGCCCGAGGAAGUUGACACGACACCCGUUGCAGCUCAGAUUGAAGUCCUGUACGAGAUGGAACAGAAGAUUGAGGUCAAGCCAGAAAUUUUUAAUGACCCCGUCAACCCUGCCACCGAUGCAUUAAAGUCAUUGAAAGAGGAGGUUCAACGGAGCGAUUCCAUCUCCGGGGACAACGCCAAUAAAUCGUCGUCAUCGGCGACCCCGCCAAUUAUCAAAGAUGAGAGGCAAAUCUGGGUUGGGACUUUUGAAGCAUGGUUGAAUGGAGGAAAUGAUGGAGGACUGCGAUGGCGAAUCACAAACAUGAGACCACCCAACGCAGAGUUCCCAGGGCUGUACGGAGGCUACUAG